CAGGCUGAGCUUGUGGUUGCAAAUUCUCUUCCCAAAAUUUCUUGUCAUCAAGUCUUGGCUUCCUCCCUCUCAUUAGAAUACUCCAGUGAGUGCUGAUCUUUGAGCUUCUGUAAGGGAGAUGCUGGUUUAGGUCAUUUCACUCCUGUGUUGAUCCUUUCCAUGGCACUUACUGCAAGCAAGGUUUCAAGUGGUCCUGUAGUGACUGAGAGGACAAAUGUCUUUAGAUCACCUCGACAUGCAUAUUCUUGUGCCAUGUCACCUCAACACGAUAAAUCACAUUUUACAAGUCAAGGAAUUGAACAUAAGCAAAGGCAUGGAAAUAUCUUGGGAGCGAAAUCAAGGUUUUCUGAUGUGGGUUUGUGGCGCAUGUGUCGAAAACCUCUUAGUUUCAUUGCCUCUCGGGGUUCUUCUCUGUUAUGCCGGUCCACAGAAACACAUAAGACUGAAGCAAAGGAAUGUGUUAGAACUUAUGGUGAUUGUGAAGACAUAACGAGUGCACAAAUUGGAGAUGAAGAUCCAGUCAUGCCUAAGAGUACUCACUCCAGUCGAGGCUUGGCUGAAGCUUGUAAAUUUGUCUACAAUGACGCAAAGUUCGUAAAUGAAAGGGCUCGUAAUGACAUUUUCUUGCUUUCUCGUGGGAUAAUGAGGUUGGAUGCCCGAGCGCGUCAAGAUGUAGCUAUUCUUGAGUCAGAGUUCCUUAAGCUUGAUGCUCGGGCAAGAGAGGAUACUGAGAAAAUUGACCGCCGUGUGAAAGAAAAAGCUGAAUGCCUUCGAGAUAUUGCUACUAGCUUGACAGACAAAGCCCAGUCUAGAUUGAAAAAGGCUGCUGAUAAGCAUUGGAGCGAUGGAGCCCUAGAGGCUGAUUUGCGCCUUGCCGACUUCCGUGCAAAACAACGUGCAAUGGAAGACGCCUUCAUGGCUUUGGAGUUUGUCAGAAAUAUCCAUGACAUGAUGGUGAGCAAGAUGUACAAAUUUCCUCUGCGUAGGGAAAAAAGUUCUCUAUCAGCAAAUUAUGCGAUGGGCGGUAUAACACUUGAAAAAAAUGGGAAAACUUUUGAUUUCUUCCCUGGGGAAGUGUCUGCUGAUCGCAUUACCGCUAUUCAGGAAGCUUACUGCAUUAUGGCAUCAGCUCUCUCUGAAGCGGAUGGGAUUGACUAUACUGAUCCUGAAGAGCUCGAGCUGUUGAUUGCAACUCUUAUAGAUCUUGAUGCAAUGGAUGGUAAAAGUAGUGUAUCGCUAUUGGCAGAGUGUUCAAGUUCUCCCGAUGUCAAUACUAGACAAGCAUUAGCCAAUGCAUUGGCAGCAGCCCCAUCCAUGUGGACUCUUGGAAACGCAGGCAUGGGAGCGUUACAGAGACUGGCAGAAGAUAGUAAUCCAGCAAUUGCUGCUGCGGCAUCCAAAGCUAUCUAUGAACUGAAGAAACAGUGGAAGAUAGAGGAAGGCGAUAGCUGGAGGUUUAUGAUGAACAAAUUGACUGUGGAGAAAGAUAGCCAAGAAGUUGAAGAUGAUGCUGAUACAAAUUGAAAUACUUAAGACAAUUAACUGUAGAUAUUUACAUGAAGGUCUCAAUAGUUGUAGGAUAAACUCUGAUCACCACAAAGUGAUUAGUGCUGAUGUAAAGGAAAAUUCUGUCAUAUUUUAUAUUAGCCUUUCUUUCUUCAAUU